AUGGGUGUCCCAGCUCUUUUCCGAUGGCUCUCCAAGAAGUACCCUCGCAUCGUAUCCUCGGUGCAGGAGGAAGACCCAAAGACCAUGCCCGGCCCAGAUGGAACCGAAGUCCCAGUACCGCUCGACACGUCGACCCCCAAUCCCAACGGCGAGGAGUUUGACUGUUUGUAUUUAGAUAUGAACGGUAUCGUACAUCCAUGUACACAUCCAGAGGGCAAACCAGCGCCCGAAACCGAGGAGGAGAUGAUGGUCGAGGUGUUCGCCUACACCGAACGGGUGGUCAACAUGGUGCGUCCGCGUCGUCUGCUCAUGAUGGCCAUCGAUGGUGUUGCGCCUCGUGCCAAGAUGAAUCAGCAGCGAUCGCGACGUUUCCGAGCCGCAAAGGAGGCGCGCGAGAAGCACGAGGAGAAGGAAGCAGCCCUCGCCGAGUGGAAAGCGAAGGGGCUGCCGGUCACCGAUGACGCGCUCGAAUCCAAGAAGGCCUGGGACUCGAACGCCAUCACGCCAGGUACGCCGUUCAUGGACCUCCUCGCGGCAUCAUUACGCUACUGGGUCGCGCAAAAGAUCAACACCGACCCAGGAUGGAAGGACGUCCAGGUGAUCAUCUCGGACGCCAGCGUGCCCGGUGAAGGAGAGCACAAGAUCAUGGAGCACAUCCGACGUCAACGCUCCCACCCGGAACACGAUCCCAACACCAAGCACGUCAUCUACGGUCUCGACGCCGAUCUCAUCAUGCUCUCGCUCGCCACGCACGAGCCGUACUUCAAGGUGCUCCGAGAAGACGUCUUUGCCAACGACAACAAGCCCAAGACGUGCAACCUGUGCGGUCAACCGGGUCACUUUGCCGCCAGCUGCACCGGCGCUGCCAAAAAGAAGUCCGGGGAGCACGACGAGAUCGCGCCCAUCCCAGAGAAGAAGCCCUUCAUUCUCUUGGAUGUCGCCACGCUGCGCGAGUACCUCGAGGUCGAACUCAACAUCCCGCAGCUGCCGUUCGCGUUCGAUCUCGAACGUGCGAUCGACGACUGGGUGUUCCUCAUCUUCUUUGUGGGAAACGAUUUCCUGCCCCACCUGCCGUCUCUCGAGAUCCGCGACGGUGCCAUCGACACGCUGCUCCGCAUAUGGAAGAAGGAGCUCCCCGCGAUGGGCGGAUACCUCACCAACCACGGCAAGGUCGAGCUUGGUCGUGCCCAGCUCAUCCUCAGCGGCCUCGCUUCUGAGGAGGACGAGAUCUUCCGCCGCAGAAAGGAGGAUGAGGAUCGACGCGAGAACAACAAGAAGCGACGAGAGGAGAUGCAGAAGCGUCGCGAGAAGGAGCUUGACGAGGGCAAUUUCGGAAACGGCUCGAUGGUCGAAGUGAUGAAGAAGAGGCCGGCGCACGAGACCGAGAAGCCCGCGUUCAACGGUGUUUCGGCGCAAGAGGCGCGCGAUCAGGCCAACAGCAGCAACAAGUCGUACGAUCCGCGCAAGAAGGCGGUCGUGCUGGGUGGAGACAACAACCAGGUGGUCAAGGACCGGAAUGCCGCGAGGCAGGCCAAUAUGGAUGCUGCCGAGGCGCUCAAGGCCGAGCUGAUGGGUGGCGAGGCAAAGAAGGAAGAGCCUGAGGCGGAUGCCGAGCCCGCGACGAAGAAGGUCAAGACGGAAGUGGGUGCUGAGGCAGCUGUCAGCGCCACAGACAAGCAGGAGGCUGACGAGGACGAGAAGCCGGUUGUGGCAGGCACCAAGCGCAAAGCCGACGACGUGGACGCAGAAGUCAACGGCGCCGACGCUGUGGUCAAGACCGAAGGCGAGGACGAUGCUGAAGCCGCCGACGAGGACGACAAUGACGACGACGUCGACGGCAACGAGGACGUCGACCCUGUCGUCACGGUCAAGAAACGCACCGUCAACGCCGACGGCACCGUCGACUACGAAGACACGGUCAAGAUGUGGGAGCCUGGCUACCGUGAGCGCUACUACCAGGAAAAGUUUGGCGUCGAUCUCUCCGACACCGAUUUCCGUCGUCAAGUGGUGAAAUCCUACAUCGAGGGUCUCUCCUGGGUUCUGGCAUACUACUACCAAGGCGUGCCCUCAUGGCAAUGGUACUACCCCUUCCAUUUCUCGCCCUUCGCCGCCGACUUCGAGGACCUCGCAUCGCUUGACAUCCACUUCGAGCUCGGAGCGCCCUUCAAACCGUUCGAGCAGCUCAUGGGAGUUCUCCCCGCCGAUUCUCGCGCUUCGAUCCCAACCCCCUUCCACCCGCUCAUGACGCAGUCCGAUUCCGACAUCAUCGACUUCUAUCCGUCCGAAUUCGACAUCGACAUGAAUGGCAAGAAGAUGGCGUGGCAGGGUGUUGCGCUUCUGCCUUUCAUCGACGAGAAACGUCUGCUCGAUGCGCUCGCGGACAAAUACCCUCUGCUCUCCGACGACGAGGUCCGCCGCAACGGUUUUGGCAACAACACCCUCUUCGUAGGCUCCGAGUCGAGAUUGUACGACUUCCUGUGCGAGGAAAUCUACUCCAAGCCUCCCACCUCCGAGGUCCUCGUCCCUCUCAACCCGGCCCUCUCCGGGGGCAUCACAGGCACUGUCAAGCCUGAUCCCGCCUGCGUACCAGGUUCGACAUUCAAUUCUCCCCUCACAAGCCAGAACCUCGGGGACAUUCACAACGACCGCUCGAUCAGCGUGCUGUACGAUUUCCCGGAGCAGAAAACGCCGCAUCGCUCGGUGCUGCUCAAGGGGUUGAAGGUGCCGAAGCGCGUGCUGUCUGCGGCCGAGGUGGACUGGGUCAAGCGUGGCAGUCCAGAGCGAGGGAGGGGCAGGGGGAGGGGUGGACACGGUGGACCCGGGAGGGAUUUCCACCGCAACAACCGGGAGCAUGGGAAUGGGUACGGUGGUGGUGGAGAAGGGAAUGGGAACUAUCGUAAUGGCGGCGGUGGUGGCGGUCGGGGCGGCUACAACGGUGGCAACGGUGGAGGAUACGGCGGUCAAGGCGGCCAAGGUGGAUACCAGCAAGACUAUCAGCAGUACCCGUCCAACGGCGGCGGAGGGUAUGGCGGCUACGGUGGUGGUGGUGGCGGCGGCUACGGUGGCGCAGGUGGAUACACCGGUGGCGGGUACGGAGGCUAUGGAGGUGGAGGAGGGUACGCCCCUGCACCCGCUGCAGCGCCCUACGGUGGCAACGGCUACGACGCCUACGCUGGCUACGGUGCUGGCGGUGGUGGUGGGGGGUACGGCGGCUACGGCGGAGGCUCGUCCUAUCCGCCUCCCGCUGGUCCCGCACGCGACGACCGGUACGCAGCGUACACCCAGCCCAGCGCGCACGUCGGUGGCGGGCGAGGGGGUCGUCACGCUCCCCCACCAUCUCAACCCAACCCGGCCUACGCUGGGCUGCCAAGCCUCGGCGGUCCACCUGCUGGAGCACCCGCUCCGUACGGCGGGUACGGCGCUCCUGCCGCCGCUGCUCCUGCUGCUGCUCCGUACGGAGGCUAUGGUGGAGGUUAUGGCGGAUACGGCGCUCCUCCAGCUCAAGGCUACGGUGGGCCACCCCCACGAGGCGGUGGUCGAGGCGGUCGUGGUGGCAAUCGCGGUGGUCGCGGUGGCAACAACAACGCCUCGUACGGCGGAGGCGGUGGCGCUUAUGGGUCGUUCUACUAG